GGCGACAGAGAGCACGAGACGGAGGCGCGAGAUAUCUAAAGAGCCGUCUCUCUGUAUCGGGCGCACUCAAUGUCGCCAGAAAUCCAGUCACAAUUGCGCAUGCUCCUGACGACAUUUACGACGCUCCGGUUGCAGAACUUGCUGUCUCUUCUCGAGAGAUGCUUCCGCAUAUCCCUGAUCCCUCCCCUACUUUAAUCGCUGCUUACACACUUGACUUCCUGUGCCAACUCUUUCGCGCAUGUGGGGAUGGAUUUCAGGGCCCUGCUCAUGCCCAUCUUCGUUGAAGCGGUGCGGAGGUGUGUUAGAAAGGAAUUUGAGGAGGCCACCAAAGGCCGGUCUGAGAGGUCGAGGUCCUGUACAGAGAGCGGUACGAAUGGGUCUAGAGCCAACUUAAUAACGUCUACUGCCAGGCCUUCUCAGUUUCUCGUGGCCUCGACCUCACUUGCCUCUCCGCCGCUUCCUACGAAGGCGCAAUUGAAUACGGUCACAUCUGGCUCACCAAACGUUCCUCCGCCCAUACUUGUCUCGUACCCUGCUCUGGCAACCUACACAAAUGCAUUCCUUACACCUCUCAAAGGUCUCCAUAUGCAUGCUCCCGUAGAAGUGCUUGACGACCUUCUGCGAACACUAGAGCGCUCCCUCACGGAGGGGCUCGCAAAUCUUCUUCCACUUGCACGAGGGAAGCUGUCGGGGGCGGAACAAUAUCCAACGGGCGGUGAGGAACAGGAACAGAAGGAUUUAGAAGCGACGAGCGCAGCGGGGACGGUCUAUGUGGUGCUCGUGCCAUUCUUGAGGCGGGCUCUGGUGGAGGGUGUGUAUGGCGUUGUGAUGAAAGACAAAAAGAUUCCGAUGGAAAAGGAGCUGCGGGAUGCUUUGGAAGAACGGAAGGAGUGGGUUGGUGAGAAGAGGGAGGAAGUAGCAGAUGGUGUGGAAGGGACAGAUGGUGUGGAUGGCAAUGACGACGGCGUAUCAUAAGCUCGUCUGUCUACUGGCGCGUGCUCGAUGUCAUACAACUCCGAAUCUGCAGCUGACGAAGCGAUCGCUGCCUACGAAGACAUUUUGUGCCAGAUAACUGCGACCUGUAGCAUAUCCGAGUGCACGCGAUUCCGGCUUAUGAGGGCCUAGCUGAGGUCAGUGCCGAUGCUCACGCAG